UUAAUUUCUUGGUUUUUCCCCCUCUUUUUCUUUUUCUUUUUCUUUACUCCAUUUUGCUUCAUUUGAUUUUUCCCCGCUCUAUACACAUACAUCCCUGUUAUCAUGCAUUCCCCUGUUUUGUCCGCCAUUGCUUCUCACACAACGACGUUGCAGCGUCAUGGGUGUGUAGCGACAACCCAUUCUUCCGCACUUCUUCAUCACAUUUCUUCUCGUCGUCGCAGCUCAUCUUCUCAUGAAUACCGUCAUUUGUCCGAACAUCACAUCCAGUCCACAUCGCGGCCUGCGUCUCCUCCUUUAUCCGUUUCCCCUUCCAGUCCCGUGAGCCCGCUUCAAGAAUACCCUUGGGCAAAGGAAGAUUUGCUGGCCAAAACGACUUUACCCGAUUCAUUCAGCGCCUCUAAUGCCGGCUUGAUUACUCCUCCGCCUUCGCCUCGCGCUUCUCCGCAAUCAUCCGCACAAUCUCCUUCCGUUGCCUCGUUUAGCGCUAAUGACCGUAUCCUGAGCUGUCGUCGUGAUGGCAACCUGAAAGCCGUCAUGGCCGAGUUCUUCAACUUGAAAAAGGAAGGCACCGUCUUGACGGACCACCUAUACAACCUUGUCCUUGACAGCUAUGCUAAUCUUCGUCGUGAAGGAACCCCGCUCUCACCCAUGAUCAAAGUGUAUGACGAAAUGGUUCGAUAUCAGAUUCAUCCCAGCAGUUCGACUUGUGCCAUCAUGGUCCGUACUUUGUGCCGUCGUGACGUAGAGGUCCAAAAGGUGGUGGCUAUGCUCAGACGCCAAUCCGCCCGUUCGCCAGGUACCGUUGACAAGUCGCACGACAUCGCUGUAUUGGAAUCCGAAGAAAACCUGAACAAGGCCCUUGACAUCUUCAAGUACGCUGUGGCCGAGCAACUGGCGGGACAUUUCGAUGUGGAACUUUUCAACCAACUGUUGCGUGUUCUUUCUCACUAUGGCAACACCGGUGAAUCACUUUAUGUGUACGACCAAAUGUUGCAGUUCAACAUUCAGCCCUCGUCUGCCACUUUUGCCGCCUUGAUUAACCUGUUUGGUCGAUCUGGUGAUAUUGAUACUGCGCUUCAUUACUUUCAAAAGUACAAGGACCUCAAGUCAUCGAUGCCCAGUCAUGAUGCCUCUUACGUGUACAAUGCCUUGGUCGAUGCCUAUUUGAAAUGCAAUCAGCUACCUGCGGCUCUCCAUGUUGUCCAAGAAGACAUGCUCCAUGACAACGUCAAGCUCACCAUUGUUCCUUACAACUCCAUUAUCCGCUUUUACUGUGCCGAGCAUCAACCAAAGGAAGCAGAGGCGUUGGUCGAGAAGCUAUUGCAAGAUGAUGCCCUUCCUCGACCGGAUGCCAGUAGCUAUGGUCCUAUUCUUGCCACCUAUUGCAACCAAGAUCGUUUGGCCUGUGCUACCCGUGUUUAUCGUCAGUUGCUCACGAUGGACAUUUCCAAAUCCUAUGGUAACCUCGCCAAUUAUGCCUUGUUAUGCUUAAAGUAUGCCGACCAGCAAGCCAGCCAUGUCCUGUCCAUCGUCACCGAUAUGCACCAUGCCGGUUUAGAACCGGAUCCCGUCUUGGCCGAACGCAUCCUUACUCAUUUUGCCAAUGGAAACGAUAGCGCCGAGGCGGUUCGAGCGCUUCAAGUGGUUCUUCCCGCCAUGUCAUCUCGUGCCGUGGCUAAAAGCAUCGGUACCCUUACCAGGUUGGCCGUCAAGAUUGCUUCCAUCUGCAAGGCCAAACUGAUUGCUAUUUUGUCAGUCGCCCGUGUCCUCCAGCCGAUGUGCCCUAUGGGCUUGCCUCUCCAGCUUGCCAAGCUCAUCAUGGAAGCGUACCAUCCCAAGACCCCCUCCGCCACCAUGGUGCCCUUGUCUGAUAUUCACCUUCUGUACGAAGCCGCCUUGGUGGCCUAUGCCGACGUGAUGAGCCUUCCUCGUGGCCCAUCCUUUGGUCAGAUGGUGCUUACCAUCCUUGCGGAUGUGAAGCAACAGCCCUUCCAAGAUGCAUUGGACUUCUCGCUGAUCAAGCGUGUCCUUGAGCAACUGCAAAAACAAGGAGAUAUGCGUGCUGCCAUGGAAUGGAGGACCGCGUUUGGCGUCCCGCUGUCGAAAGAACUUGCGCUUCCGGUUCGCCAGCCGCAAGAUGCAGGUGUGGGCAAGGAAACCGUGGCGUCUGAAAUGGUGAUGCGAUGCUUGAUGCAAGGCCAGUACGAAGAGGCGGUCAAGAUGCUGGAAACCCAGUUGAUUCAACCCGGUUUAUUCCCGUCUCCCGAGAUCAUGCGUGAUGCGAUUGCGUUUGUGGGCAAGCAAGGCCGACUGGAUAUCGCUCUUAAGGUGUAUAAUUUGUGUCACCCGGUAUAUGCCAGUCAAACGACGAUGCGUGCGAAGCGAGCCGUUUACAUGAUCACCAACAGUGUGUUGAUUGGUUAUGCCCAACAAGAAGACAUGAUUCAGGCCAAGGUGUAUUACGAAAAGAUCAAGGAAAUGGGUCGCUAUCCUGACGGCAACGGUUAUGCCAGCUUGCUUUUGGGCACGGCCAAGUGUGCGACAGAUGAAGCCUCGGAUGCCCUGAUCAUUUAUGAAGAAGCGAAGCGCCAUAAUGUCAAGCCUACGACCUUUUUCUACAAUGUGGUGAUCUCGAAACUGGCACGUGCUCGCAAGCUGGACACGGCCUUGAAGCUGUUUGAAGAAAUGCAAGAGUUCAAGGUUCAGGUGAACAGUAUUACUUACGGUGCCAUUAUUUCCGCGUGUGUGCGUGCCGGGUCCGAAACCCAUGCUCGUCGUUUGUUUGGUGAAAUGCUUUCGAGCGCUUCGUAUCAACCGCGUGUAGGCCCAUUCAACAACAUGAUCCAAUUCUAUGUGCGCCAACAGAACAGCCGGGAACGGGCUUUGGAAUACUUUAAUGAAAUGCGUCGUCGCCACAUCAAGCCUUCCGCUCACACCUACAAGUUACUGAUGGAAGCCUACUGCACCAUUGCCCCCUACGAUAUGCCCACCGCUUACAAGUUGCUCAGCGACAUGAAACGCAUCGAUCAUCUUCGCCCCGAAGCCACUCACUACGCAUCCCUCAUUUACUCUUACGGUACCUUGCAGCGUGACGUCCAGAGCGCUGAACGUGUGUUCAACGAAAUGAUCAAGAAUGGUAUUCAGGCAGACGAAGUGGUGUACCAAGCCAUGCUGGACACAUUGAUCAGCAACGACCAGCUUACCGAGGCCGAAGUCUUGUACCAAGAAAACUUGCAACGAUCGGGUGGCAAGAGCAGUGCGUACAUCGAGAACCUGUUCAUCCGCGGCUAUGGGCAAAAGGGCGAUGUGGUGAAGGCCGAGCAAGUAUUCAACCGAAUGACCGACGACAAGCUAGCCAACCGCGACCAAAUCGUUCGUGAGCCAAGUACCUAUUUUGCCAUGAUCCAAACCUACAUGGAAAACGAUCUUUCUUCCAAAGCCCAGUCCACUCUCGACCGCAUGAUCCAAUGUGAAUUCCCUGAAAAAGUCAUUGCUGCUGCUGCUGCCCUCCUUCCAAAGUAAAAACCCCACUGUCAUCUUUUCCCGCCCUUUAUUGUACAUACAUUUCCACCAGUUUACGCUCGCUUGUAGAUACUUGAAAAAUAAAUACCAAACCAUCAUAUAAAAA